AUGUCUACCAACAUGAACCCUGACAACAUCGACCCUGCCAUCAUGGGCCCCGCCAUCAUGCAAUCUGUCGACAUGCAGCCUGCGAACGAGACCAAGAUCCCUCCUAUUGACCGUGCUAAGCUGGCUGAACACGCUCAACUUGGCGAGUUGUGGACUGCCAACCAGAAUGCCGAACUGAACAUCCUCGGCGCCAUGAACGCCUGUCAGUCGCACUUCGAUGACACUACCUUCUGGGAGCGCGACAACAGAUGCGGCUACCACAACUACCAGAUCAAUGACCCUCACGCCUGUCUCGUCGCUCGUCAGAACAGCAUCAACAACAUCACCGCCAACAACAAGAUGUAUGCUGACAUGAACGACUUCCAUGCCGAGCAGCAGAAGGCCUACGACAAGUUGCACGCCUACAACUCAACCAAGUACAGCAGGGAAACCAUUCAGGGUGCUAACCGCCAGAAGGCUGCCCGUCGUGGCACUGAUACCCGCAGAGCCAACAAGGCUAAGCGCCACGAGGAGAUGGUCGUGGGCAUCGUCGAGGAACUCGUCGCUCUCAGAGACUACUCUGGCGUUUUGGAUGAGCAGUACAAGAAGCGCUUCGACAGAGUCGCCAAGGAGGUCGUCGCUGCCGCAAAGGUCAACAUGACUCCUGAGAUCACCGCCAAGCUCUACUACGGAGUCGCUCCUCGCCCCAAGCCUGAGUGA